AACUCGUUCCGGGUGGAACUGCCAGCGCGUCUACGACAGCGAGGGGUUCACAAUGUCUUCCAUGCUUCGUUGUUGAGGAUUCAUGUCCCGAAUGACGACCGGUUGUUCCCCGGGCGUCUUGACCAUCAGGUCGCAGAGUUCGAGGUGCCAGGAACCGAGUGGGCAAUUGACCGAAUUCUUGGACAUCAAGGCACGCGCACCGAAGCGAUGUUCGAAGUCAUGUGGACAUCCGGGGACAUAACC